UCAAACAGUUCUAAGUUGUAUCGGCGCAUCUAAGAUGUUGCCAAAAACCUUCUACUUGUCUCUACUGAUAGGCGCUUUUUGCAUUAUUAGCCAAAUGUCGGCCAGUUGUGGCGAAAGAGAUGAAUAUCACAAGGUUUUACAAGGAGUUGACAGGAACGAAGGUGAAAAAGUGAUGGUAUUGGAUGAUGCGGAAGAAACGGCGCCAAUGCUCAGACAUAGACGGUCUAACAGUUUUAUCUCAAGACAGAAAAAACAUAGGAAACCAUCAAGGAAGCGUAAAAAACCAAAAUCAAAGAAAAAAUACGAAAAACAUAUAUUGCCAAAACAACGAGGUGUACUUCCUAUAGUUCUUCAUAUUAUCAGACAACUGCUGGGAAGUUUUCGCGCAGGAGAUAAAAUUUAUAACCCUCUACAUGUAAUUAAAAAAGGCAGAGAUAAAAAAAUGAUGUGGAUGGAUGGUAAAGAGAAACAUUGGCCAGUGUUCAAACAAAUCGGGCUUAAAAAGUUUAAAUCACGGAAGAAGAAAACUAGAAAGCUCACGACAGAGAGAAAGAAACAAAAAACUAGGAAAAAUAAGGGAAAGUUAAUUCACGUUAAACUAACAAUAUACACAGGGGAAAUCGAAGAACCACCAACUAUACAGGAAUUAUCAACACAACCACAAGGAAUUAUACCAAAAGAAGAAAUAUCAAACGUACAGGAAUCAGAAAACCAGAUGGAAAAAGAAACAUUAACCGUACAGGAGCAUGAAAAAGAGACAGAAGCAAUAAUAAGAACAGAAAAACAAGAAGAAUUAACUGUACAAGAAUCAGAAACCCAUAUAAAAGGAAUAACAAAAAAUGAGGAAGAACAACCACCAACUGUACAGGAAUCAGAAAAAGGAAUAACAGAAACAGCAGAACAAGAACAAUCAACUGCUCCGGACUCUGCAAAUCACAUAGAAGAAAUAAUAAGAAAUGAGGAAGAAGAACUACCAACUGUACAGGCACCAGAAAAACAGAUCGAAGAGGAAGCAUCAGCAGUAGCGAACUUGCAAGAAGAUAAAGGAGGAAUGACUAAAAAAGAAGAGGAAACAUCAACAGUACAGAAACCAGAAAACCACAUGGAAGGCACAACAAGAAAUGAAGAAAAGGAACCAACUGUACAGGAACCGGAAAAAAAGAUAGAAGAAGAAGCAUCACCCGUACCAAAAUCAGUAAUAGACAAAGGAGGUAUAACAAAAACCACAGAACAAACACAAUCAACUGUUUGGGAAUCAGCAAGCCCCAUAGAAGGAAUUACAAGAAGUGAAAAAGAAGAACCAGAAAAACAGAUAGAAGAAGAAGCUUCAACAGUACCGAACUCGGCAGAAGAUACCGAAGAAAUAACAAAAAAUGAGGAAGAAGGGGAACCACCAACUGUACAGGAACCAGAAAACCACGUGAAAGGCACAAAAACAAAUGAGGAACAGGAACCACUAACUGUACAGGAACCAGAAAAGCUGAUGGAGGAAGAAGCAUCAACAGAACCGAACUCGGAAGAAAAUACAGAAGGAAUCACUAAAAAAGAAGAAGAGGAAGCAUCAACAGUACAGCAACCAGAAAAACAGAUGGAAGAAGAGGCAUCAACAGUACCGAACUCGGAAGAAAAUACAGAAGGAAUCACUAAAAAAGAAGAAGAGGAAGCAUCAACAGUACAGGAACCAGAAAACCGCAGAGAAGGCACAACAAGAAAUGAGAAAGAGGAACCACUAACUGUGCAGGAACUAAAAAAACAGAUGGAAGAACAAACAUCAACAGUACUGAACUCGGAAGAAGAUACAGGAGGAGUGACUAAAAAAGAAGAAGAGGAAAUGUCAACAAUAAAGGAACUAGAAAACCAGGUGGAAGGCACAACAAGAAAUGAGGAAGAGGAACCACCAACUGUACAGGAACAAGAAAAACAGAUAGAAGAAGAGGCAUCAACAGUACCGAACUCGGCAGGAGAUACAGAAGGAAUAACAAAAAAAGAAGAACGGGAAAUAUCAACAGUAAAGGAACCAGAAAACCACGUGGAAGACACAACAAGAAAUGAGAAAGAGGAACCACUAACUGUGCAGGAACUAGAAAAACAGAUGGAAGAACAAACAUUAACAGUACCGAACUCGGAAGAAGAUACAGGAGGAGUGACUAAAAAAGAAGAACAGGAAAUGUUAACAGUAAAGGAGCCAGAAAAACAGAUAGAAGAAGAAGCAUCAACAGCACCGAACUCGGACGAAGAUACAGAAGGAAUAACAAAAAAAGGAAAAGAGGCAACAUCGACUGGACAGGAACCAGAAAACCACGCGGAAGGCACAACAAGAAAUGAGGAAGAGGUACCACUAACUGUACAGGAACCAGAAAAACAGAUAGAAGAAGAAGCAUCAACAGUAAAGAACUCGGAAGGAGAUACAGAAGGAAUAACAGAAAAAGGAAAAGAGGCAACCUCAACUGGACAGGAACCAGAAAACCACGUGGAAGGCACAACAAGGAAGGAGGAAGAGGAACCACUAACUGUACAGGAACCAGAAAAACAGAUAGAAGAAGAAGCAUCAACAGUAAAGAACUCGGAAGGAGAUACAGAAGGACUAACAAAAAAAGGACAAAACGAAUCAUCAACAGUACAGGAACCAGGAAACCACGUGGAAGGCACAAGAAGAAAUGAAGAAGAGAAACCACCAACUGUACACGAACCGGAGAAACAGAUGGAAGAAGGGGCAUCAACAGUACCGAACACGGAAGUUAAUACAGAAGGAAUAACAAAAGAAGGAAAAGAGGCCACAUCAACUGGACAGGAACCAGAAAACCACGUGGAAGGCACAACAAGGAAGGAGGAAGAGGAACCACUAACUGUACAGGAACCAGAAAAACAGAUAGAAGAAGAGGCAUCAACAGUACCGAACUCGGAAGAAGAUACAGAAGGAAUAACAGAAAAAGGAGAAGACGAAACAUCAACAGCAAGAAAUGAGGAAGAGGACCCACUAACUGCACAGGAACCAGAAAAACAGAUAGAAGAAGAAGCAUCAACAGUAAAGAACUCGGAAGGAGAUACAGAAGGACUAACAAAAAAAGGACAAGACGAAUCAUCAACAGUACAGGAACCAGAAAACCACGUGGAAGGCACAACAAGAAAUGAGGAAGAGGAAGCACUAACUGUACAGGAACCAGAAAAACAGAUAGAAGAAGAGGCAUCAACAGUACCGAACUCGGAAGAAGAUACAGAAGCAAUAACAAAAGAAGGAAAAGAGGCCACAUCAACUGGACAGGAACCAGAAAACCACGUGGAAGGCACAACAAGGAAGGAGGAAGAGGAAGCACUAACUGUACAGGAACCAGAAAAACAGAUAGAAGAAGAGGCAUCAAAAAUACAGAACACGGAAGUUCAUACAGAAGGAAUAACAGAAAAAGGAGAAGACGAAACAUCAACACCAAGAAAUGAGGAAGAGGACCCACUAACUGCACAGGAACCAGAAAAACGGAUAGAAGAAGGGGCAGCAACAGUACCGAACUCAGAAAAAGAUACAAAAGGAAUGACUAAAACAGAAGAAGAGGAAGCAUCAACUGGACAGGAACCAGAAAAGCACGUAGAAGGACUAGCAGUAAAUGAAGAAAAAGAACCACCAAUUGUACAGAAACCGGAGAAACAGAAAGAUGAAGAAACAUCCACCGUUAUGGUGUCAGAAAAAGACCCGCCACAAAAUGAAACAAGAAUGAUAGAAAAGGAAACUGAAACAAAAACGCUGUGUGAGAAAGUAAAAGCUAUUCCGUUACGGCUGUUUCAAUCAAUCAAAAGAUUAUUCGGUUGAAGUUUAAAAGCCUAUUGAAUCAACGGUAUU